AUGGCUCAGACAUUUCACAUUCUCGUUCUCCCUGGCGACCAUGUCGGCCCCGAAAUCAUGGCCGAAGCCCUCAAGGUCCUCGACGUCGUAGAACAGUGCCGGCCGAACCUCAAGUUUGAGCGCACGUUCGACCUCGUUGGCGGCAGCAGCAUUGACAAGCACGGAGUCCCCGUGACAGAACAAGUCCUCGACAAGGCCAGCAAAAGCGACGCCGUGCUGUUCGGCAGCGUGGGCGGGCCAGAGUGGGCAAACGCGUCUCCCAACCCAGAGGCCGGCAUUUUGGGACUUCGACAACGGCUGGAUGCGUUUGCAAACCUGAGGCCGUGUGAGAUCCUGGUCCCGAGUUUACUCGAAGCCUCGCCACUCAAGCCAGACAUCGUCAAGGGCACCAAAUUCAUCGUCGUCCGCGAAAACUGCGGCGGCGCGUACUUUGGCGACAAAGUCGAGAAGCCCGAAGUCGCAUCAGAUCUAUGGGUAUACGAGCCCCGAGAGGUUGAGCGCUGUGCCCGUGUAUCGGCCGCCGUGGCUCGAAUCCUCGGAAAGAAUGGCGAUGGCAAAGGCGGCGAUGGUCCGGCCAUUGUGUGGAGUGCAGACAAGGCAAAUGUCCUUGCCAGCGGGAGACUCUGGCGCCGAGUGACUCAAGACAUCUUUGACAGAGAGUUUCCAGACAUUGACCUGCGCCAUCAGCUUGCGGAUAGCAUGGCGAUGCUCAUGGUCAAGAACCCGCGCGGCUUCAACGGCGUGAUUCACACGGACAACACCUUUGGCGAUAUUCUGUCGGACAUUUCGGGUGGCAUCGUCGGCAGCCUUGGGACGCUGCCGAGCGCGAGCAUCUCCGGCAUCCCAGGACAGGGGAAAUGCAAUGGAAUCUACGAACCGGUGCAUGGAAGUGCGCCAGAUAUUGCCGGCAAGGGCAUCGUGAAUCCCGUUGCGCAGAUUCUUAGUCUGGCGAUGCUUCUGAGGUACUCGUGCGUGCUUGUGGACGAGGCGGCGGCCAUCGAGAAAGCUGUUCAGACAGUAUUCGAUUCGAAAGAGGCGGGUGGACUCGGCAUUCGCACAAAGGACAUGGGGGGUGAGGCCGGGACAAAGGAGGCUGGUGAUGCCAUUGCUGGCGAGGUUCGGCGUCUCUUACAAGCGAGCUGA